AUGCUUAAUCUAAAAAUUGAAGAAAAAACAAAUAAAGACGCAAGAGCUGGACGACUUCAUGGAAGAAUUAAAGGUAACGAUGGCAAGAGCAUUCUUGUAGUAUUAGAUGAUGUGUGGGGAGAAAUUGAUUUGGGAACUAUAGGAAUUCCAUCUCCAAGUGGUCAAGAAGGGUUGAAAAUUAUGUUUACGACGCGAAAUGAAGGUACGUGUCGUAACAUGGGGGCCCAAACGUUCAUAAUCGAAGUUUUGAGCUUAGAAGAAGGAUGGAAACUUUUCAAGGAUAUGGCAAAGAUUUCUGAUAAUGAAACUGAUGAACUCGUAGACAUAGCCAAAAAAGUUGCACAGGAAUGUAAAGGUCUACCCAUUGCACUAGUUGUUGUUGGCAAAGCACUGAAAAGCAACAAGUCCACACAUAAAUGGAGAGAUGCACUUCGGCAUCUACAAAGGUCUGGUGCUACCAAUCUUGAAGGAAUGGACAAUGUCGUGUACCAAAGCAUAAGAUUGAGCUACAACUAUCUGGUAAGUAAUGAAGAGCGGGAAUUGCUUUUGCUCUGUUCUCUAUUCCCAGAAGAUGAAAGUAUUCCAAUUGAAAAUUUGGUUAGAUAUGCAAGGGGGUUAGAGUUGUUCAAAAAAACUGAGAAACUCUACGAAACUAGAGAUCGAGCAUAUUCAAUUGUCGAUAAUCUAAAAAGUUGUAAUUUAUUGCAACCGGAUGAGAAGGAAGACGAGGUGAAAUUGCACGAUGUUAUCAGAGAUUUUUGCUUACUGAUGGCGUCUGAAGACAAACGUGGAUAUCUUGCGACACAUGCUGGUUUGAUAGGGUGGCCAGAACAUGAUGCUGAUGAUUCGUACAGUGCCAUCUCAAUUACAUUUGAUAAGCUGGAUCAGCUUCAAAGUGGGUUGAAAUAUCCGAAUGUUAAGUUGUUACGAAUGAUAUGUCGCGAGGGGGGAGAAUGUAAAAUUUCAGAAGAAUUUUUCAAAGAUAUGAAAGAACUUAGAGUUCUUGAAUUGAAAUGGAUGAACAUUCAAAUUCCAUUAUCAAUCGAAUUGUUGACGGGUCUUCGAACUCUGUCCUUGAUUGAGUGUAAAAUACAUUCUUAA